GCGAGCACGCUUCUCAUCCCUCUCUCUCUCCCGAAAUCUCUUCGGCUCCUUGCAGUUCAAGAUGAUAAUACUUCUCUUAACGAUAUUUGCGAACGUUUUCAAGACCGGAUGGACUGGUGUGAAUGAACGCACGUUCAUUGCAGUGAAGCCGGACGGUGUUCAGCGCAGGCUGGUGGGCGAGAUCAUCUGCCGCUUUGAACGCAAAGGCUUCAAACUUGUUGGCAUGAAGCUUCUGCAGGCAUCUGAGGAGCAGCUCAGACAGCACUACUGGGACCUGAGGGAGAAACCUUUCUUCAGUGGCUUGGUCAAAUACAUGAGCUCUGGACCUGCCGUUGCUAUGGUAUGGCAGGGGCUGGAUGUGGUGAAGACCUCCAGAAAGAUGCUUGGAGAGACAAACCCAGCAGACUCUCUCCCUGGGACUAUCAGAGGAGAUUACUGCGUGGAAGUGGGCAGGAAUGUCAUCCAUGGCAGUGAUUCAGUUGAAAGUGCUCAGAGAGAGAUCUCGCUGUGGUUCAAGCAACAUGAAUUGCUCUGCUGGGAUGAGUGCAGUCAGCACUGGAUCUAUGCUUGAAAGCCAUCUUGUGUUCACACAUCAUCAAACAGCUUUUGCAGCUGAACAUAACCCUAGCAGUUUGAUACAUGCUCCUAAAAACUCUUGCUCUGCUUGACCAUUAAGUGACCAAAAAAAAUGAACAGCUUCAUCAGUAUGAGAGCUGUUAUUAAUUAAUGUUGACAAGUUAAUAGCCGUUUUCCUGGAUUCCCUGAAUUUCCUGUAUACAUUUAUUGAUCAAGCUAUCUUGAAUGUUUUCUUUUGAUUCUCUCUUUCUCAUGCUGUAAUGAAUAUUUGUGAAUUUUUCUUUGCAAACAUUUUUAAUUAGAUAUUCGUUUACUUAAUUACUAGUAAUUUUGCACUCUCUUUGGUAGGUUGGUAAACCUUGCCCUUAUGGGAUCCUGAAUGCACUAUGAAAUUCUCAACAUUUUACUUGAAGUGUUUACACCCACUUGAAAGACAUUGUUUACAUUUUUACAUCAAACCUUUGAAUGUUUCUUGUCAUCUUGAUGGACUUAGUAAUAAAUACAUUUCUUUAUCGUUACUCAAAUGAAAAGCAAUAGUGAAUGAUAAAGUGCCAGUAGGCUCUGAAAAACUGAUCUGAAUAUCACAAUAAUGUCUUAUCUUAAUCUGGUUGGAAUUCAUAUGACCAAAGUGCACCUUACAUUACAAAUAAAUAAUUUCAAUGUA